UUUUCGAGUAUAUAUAUACAGAAUUUAGUCUUUGGUCUACAUUACUGAAGGUUCAAAAAUUACUUCUAAACAAAAUUGACUCAUUGUUCUUAUAUUGAAAUGAAGAUUAUACUGUUUGUCGUUUUUACUGCAACAUUUAUAUCUUUAGCUGUCACCGAUGGAUCACUCAAAGUACUCGAUAUCACUGAUCGAUCAGCUAAUCUGCUGUUAACUAAACCUGCUGGAGACAUUAAUAUAUGGUACUUAAUUCUGGCAGUGGACAAAAAUACUUCUCAAUUUAGCGAUAGUCCUAUGUCAUGUACGAAGAAUCCAAACUACUCAAAUGCUGAUAAUUGUAGACUCUCUGGUCUCAUUCCAGGACAUACAUAUCAAUUCAUAGUUUAUAGUAAAUAUUGGAAUGCCAACACUUGGAAUCCUGCAAACAUUCAGAACAUAGAAGUCACUACUGACAAUCCAUCAGAUAAACCUAAUUCACCAAGAGGACCACUUAGUGUGUCAAACAUGAGCGAUACAACAGCCCACUUAAAAUGGCAAAAACCUGAGAAUACCACUACAACUUUCGUGUCAUAUCAAAUUACUGCUUUUACAGAUUUUCUCGGUAGAGAAACAUCUAAUCCUUACUAUUAUGUUAGUGAUUCAGAUUUUCCAGAAUAUACAGUCACUGGACUUUAUCGAAAACAUAAAUACAAAUUUCAAAUUCUUGCUCUUAAUAAUAAAGGACAUUCCGAUUUUAUCACAAGCGAAGAUGUUAUGACUACAUUAACAAUUUAUAAUGAAUGAAGAAUUUUUUAAAGAAGAAAAUUCGUGAUUAUACAUACUGCAUCAUAAUAUAAUUAUUAAAUGUAAUUAAAGAUUUUUGUUUGUGUAAUUAAAGAAUAUUUCGAUAAA